GUUUCCAUCUGACAGCAUAGUAGCAGAAAGUGUUCCUGUGUGUUUGUUCUUCCUCUUUCUGCAGGUGAGCAGGAUGGUGCGGACCGCGGGGCUGCUGCUGCCGCUACUGCUGCUGCUGCUGGGACUCUCCGGCUCCCUGCGGGCUCAGAUCUCUCCUCCAACGAUUCUCAUCAACCUGGACGAUGAUCCGGAGCUGCGAUGGUUGCCUCUCAAAAAAGUAUUUGAUCCAGACUACUUGAGCAAAGCAGCGGCUGAAAUUAUCGAAUCAACAGUUCCAAAAUGGGUCCAUCAAGCAGUCAUCCCUAUUGUGACAUCUCUGGAACAAUAUGUUCCUCAGCCAUACGCUGGAGAAAUCCGCGGUCUGCGCUCUGUCCUCGGAGGAAACCUGUCAGACGCCAUCCUCCUUAACUUUGCCUAUGAGUUAACGGCAUUUUGCACCAGCAUCGUGGCUCAAGAUAAAAAUGGUAACAUCUACCAUGGGAGGAAUCUGGACUAUCCCCAUGCUGUUCUGAGGAAUAUGACUGUGAAUUUACACUUUCAGAAGAACGGGAAGGUAAAAUAUCAGUCCAAAGUUUUGUCACUGCCUCCCGUCUGUAACGAAAUCACUGUUUAUACUACAGUUAUGAGUGCAGCCUCUCCUGAGAAUUACACCACAUAUAUCAGACCAAAGGACUGCAACUGAGCUGGCUGGGAAGGACCAAAAGGCUUUAUCCUGCUGAUCAUUCCAACUUCAUGACAUGAUGACAUGAUCUGAUCAAUUUUAACAUUUAUUUUUAGGAUGAAACUGACUUUUAAUGAAAGAAGAUAUAGUAUAUUACUGUUCUUGCCUUAACCAAUCAGCUUACAAUGUUUAAUUGUUUGAGUUCUACAUGGUUGAAAGCAGGAAAAGAGGAAAACGCUUCAUGUUUUCAUCAUUCCCUCAUCUGUUAAGCUGAAAAUGGAAAAAAAAAAAACCUCUUGCUUUUAUUUUAGCCUUUUCAACCAAAGCACCCCUGGACCCCAUCGUAGUAGCAUUUUGAUAUCAGGUUCAUAUCAACAUUAUGAAGGAUUUGCAGGGGAAAUUAUUUCGAUUACUUUUUAAAUUGAUAAUAAAGCUUUAUUUCAUACCAUUUAAUAUUAUAUAAGCUUAAAUUAUACUGAAAUUAUUUUACUAUUGAUAGCAAGAAGACCAUUCCACCACCGUGUUGCAUCGUGUGCUGAAGGACAUGAAAGAAAAGGAGAUAAAUUGUUUUUUUUGUUUUUUUAAACCUUGCUUUACUUAAUGCUGCUCAUGGAUCCAAAUUUUUAAAUUAUUUAGCUGAACUCAAAUAUUUAGAAAAUGUGUUUCUAUAUUUUAACAUUGAUUUGUUUUAUUCUCUUAAUGGAUGGAGCUGGAGGUAUUUGGACUUACCGUUAAUGGUUUUUCCUGGUAAUUAAUGGGAUAAAUUAACUUGUAUCGCCUCCACUGCAGCAACCAGAUGUGCAAUAUUCUUUUAAAACAUAAAACCCAAACAUUUAUUUCAGUCUGUAGUCCAGCUGGACUUCUGUUGAUGAUGCCACUGCAAUGUAUGUAUGACGUCAUCAUAUAAAGCACUUUGAAUUGUCAUUUUGCCAAAAUGUGCCUUACAAGGAAACUAGCUUUGCUGUACACUGAUUUACAUUAAAGGAAA